CGCUGGGGCACUGGGGCGCACGGCGGCGGGGCGGGCCCGGGGCGGCGGGGCGCGGCGGCCGGGAGGAAGUGCGGGGCCUGCCCGGGCGCGUUAAGGAAGUUGCCCAAAAUGAGGAAGCGCCGCGCGCUGGGCGGCUGAGGCGACUCCGGCGGCGGGAAGAGCGAGGAGGAGCCCGCGGCCCCGAGCUGCGCCCGGAGCUGCCCGCGGACGCCCGCCCGGCCGCCCGGCGGCCCCGGAGCCCAGCGCCCCGCCCUCGCCUCACCUGGCACAGGCGGACACCGUGUGCCCUCGCCCGUGAGGGGAAGGCGCAGGCAUGGCUGGAGGCACAGCCGACGGCGCCAACAACCUGCCCUUCUUCUUUGGCAACAUCACCCGGGAGGAGGCAGAAGACUACCUGGUCCAGGGGGGCAUGAGCGAUGGGCUCUACCUGCUGCGCCAGAGCCGCAAUUACCUGGGCGGCUUCGCCCUGUCGGUGGCGCACGGGAGGAAGGCGCACCACUACACCAUCGAGCGGGAGCUGAAUGGGACGUACGCCAUCGCGGGCGGCAGGACGCACAGCAGCCCCGCCGAGCUCUGCCACUACCACUCCCAGGAGUCGGAUGGCCUCGUCUGCCUCCUCACGAAGCCCUUCAACCGGCCGCCUGGGGUGCAGCCCAAGACGGGACCCUUUGAGGACCUGAAGGAGAACCUCAUUAGGGAAUACGUGAAACAGACAUGGAACCUGCAGGGUGAAGCUCUGGAGCAGGCCAUUAUCAGCCAGAAACCUCAGCUGGAGAAGCUGAUCGCCACCACGGCCCACGAAAAGAUGCCCUGGUUCCAUGGAAAAAUCUCUCGGGAUGAAUCUGAGCAAGUCGUCCUGAUAGGAUCCAAGAUAAAUGGGAAAUUUCUGAUCAGGGCCAGGGACAACAACGGGUCUUACGCCCUGUGCCUGCUGCACGAGGGGAAAGUGCUGCACUACCGAAUCGAUAAGGACAAAACGGGGAAGCUGUCUAUCCCGGACGGAAAGAAGUUCGACACGCUCUGGCAGCUCGUGGAGCAUUAUUCCUAUAAAGCAGAUGGUUUGUUAAGAGUUCUUACAGUUCCAUGUCAAAAAAUUGGCGGACAGACAGGAAAUAUUAAUUUUGGAGGUCGUCCACAACUCCCCAGUUCCCAUCCUGCGACUUGGUCAGCGGGUGGAAUAAUCUCAAGAAUCAAAUCAUACUCCUUCCCAAAGCCUGGCCACAGAAAGAGCUCCUCUUCCCAAGGGAACCACCCCGAGAGUUCUGCAACGUCCAACCCUUAUGAGCUAGACCGAGGGACCUCGGCCACCGAAAGAGAUGCCCAGAGAGAAGCCAUGCCCAUGGACACCGAAGUGUACGAAAGCCCCUAUGCGGACCCGGAGGAGAUCAGGCCCAAGGAGGUCUACCUGGAUCGAAACCUGCUGACCCUGGAGGACAACGAGCUGGGCUCUGGUAACUUUGGGACCGUGAAGAAGGGUUACUACCAGAUGAAAAAAGUCGUGAAAACAGUGGCUGUGAAAAUCCUGAAAAAUGAGGCCAAUGACCCUGCUCUUAAAGAUGAGUUAUUAGCAGAAGCCAAUGUCAUGCAGCAACUCGACAAUCCUUACAUCGUGCGUAUGAUCGGGAUCUGCGAAGCCGAGUCCUGGAUGCUGGUCAUGGAGAUGGCGGAACUGGGUCCACUCAAUAAAUAUUUACAGCAGAACAGGCAUGUCAAGGAUAAGAACAUCAUCGAGCUGGUUCAUCAGGUUUCUAUGGGAAUGAAAUAUUUGGAGGAGUCCAAUUUUGUGCACAGAGAUCUGGCUGCAAGAAAUGUAUUGCUGGUUACUCAACAUUAUGCCAAGAUCAGUGAUUUUGGACUUUCCAAAGCACUUCGUGCUGAUGAAAGCUACUACAAGGCCCAGACCCACGGGAAGUGGCCCGUGAAGUGGUACGCUCCAGAAUGCAUCAACUACUACAAGUUCUCCAGCAAGAGUGACGUCUGGAGCUUCGGCGUGUUGAUGUGGGAAGCCUUUUCCUAUGGGCAGAAGCCGUACCGGGGAAUGAAAGGGAGUGAAGUUUCUGCUAUGCUGGAGAAAGGAGAGAGGAUGGGCUGCCCCGCGGGGUGUCCCAGAGAGAUGUAUGAGCUGAUGAAGCUGUGCUGGACCUAUGAGGUGGAGAACAGGCCGGGAUUCGUGGCGGUGGAGCUGCGGCUGCGCAAUUACUACUACGACGUGGUGAACUGAGGCUCCCGCGCCGUCGGAGGCUGCCUCGGAGCGGAGGAGCAGCCACAGGGAAGCGCACUCCAGUGCGUUGACUCUGAGGCUCCCUCACCCUCUGCCUGCCGGGAGGGCCAGCCUCCUGUGGGACGUGCCCUGACUGUUGUUCCCCAAAGCCCAUCCGGGAACACGCGCUCCACCCGGAGCACACGGUCCCAGGAGAGCCUGGGAAGACAGGCAGACGGCCGGCAGGGUCAAAGGACCUGUGCAUUCCCUUGUGUUUUUGUCUGUGUGGUUUUCAUGGCAGGUUAUUUUCAGGAUGUGUCCAAGUUCCCUUUCUUCCCAGUCCUCUGGCUCUUGGGCUACAUUCGAAUACACAGCAGCCUGGCGGCGGUGCCCUGUGGUGUCAGGGCUCUCGUCCCUCCAGGGGUCUUCAGCGGCCAGCGGGCGCAGUUGGCAUGGGAGCCUGCAGUGGAGGGAAGGCUGGGAGAGGAGGAGGCGCUUGGCGGCCCCAGAAGAGGCUCCAACAGGCCGUACGUACACGGCGCCCUGCCGCUGAGAAGCUUUCCUGACCGUACAAGUGCCUCGAGGCUUGAAAAGAUCAAACUGGACCAGUGCGGUUUCUAAGUAGUAGCCAGUAAGGGGGAAAAGGGCUGGAUUCUGCUUUUGCUCUGUGUUCUGAGACUGAAGACUCACGUCCCGUGAAAAGUGGGCCCUGCUGGGAUGAGUUGUUGGGCUUACUUUCCCACUGGGAGCUUCUGUCCCAGGCUCGCUGAAGACUCCACCUGAAUGGAGACCCAGCGGGGGAGGACGUCCGUCCUCUCAGGGCUGAGGAGGACAGAGGCAGGGUGCUGUGGGCUGUCGUCUCUGUGGCGUCUCCCCCAGAGGGAGAGUGCGACCAGAAUUCCCCGACUUUUUCUGUAUUCGUAGUAGGGGGGGCAACCUGGUGGCCAAGGCCAUCUAAAGAUGAGUUUCUAAAGAAAGUAUGAAUUCAUAAUAAAGCCACAGACCCUGACUCUCGCCACCAGUGGGCCUCCCGGAGUGUGACAUUGGGUUGAAGACAUAAGCCCCAAGGGUUCUCUUCUAGACCCCUAGCGUGAGUUAAUCCCUGAGUAAAGUUUGACCUUGUGCAGCCAUCGGCCCAUGGAUACCAGUUUUGCUGUGGCCCUUGGAAGUCAGUAUAAUGAGCCCUUCUGAUGGCUCUACCCAUGUCUUCACCUGGGCCUGGGCUCACCCCAUGGGCAUCACCUCUUUCCUUGUUUAGCGGGAACAAAAGGGCAUCAUGGACAGACAGACAGCCCUGGCCAGCACCAACUGAUGGCCGAUGCCGCAAACACUGUGUCCCCCAGCGAUCCCGAAGGUUUCUGUAGCAGAGUCGUAACCCCUUAGUCGUAAAAUAAUUAGGUGUGUUUUCCUUUGAGCAUGUCCUUCUGCCGCACUUGCUGUCACCAGCCUUGUUUUCAUUUGUUGGACAGUGAAUUCUUCUUCGCAGCAGCCCAAUGACUGCACCCCACCUGGAUCUUCAGAGGCAGGGGUGACGCCAGUUUUUCAGGACCCCAGCCCCACAAAGAGCACUCUGGACCAGUGAAGCAGUGUUCUCCAUCCAUCUCUGAGGAGCUACCUUUGGUCACUGUACUUUUUUUUUUAAAACUGUGAUUUU